CGGAGGUCGGGGUUCAGUCUGGGGUCAGAGGUCGUGGGGCUGCCAUGUUUUGGCUCGGAGCAGCGCUGCAGCCCGGAGGGGCCCGGCGGGGAGACGGAGGAGAGACGGUGGCAGGCGAUCAGCAGCAAGAAGAAGACGAGGAGGCGCACCGACAGCAGCAGCAGGCGGAUCAGAGGAGUCUGCAACACCACCACCAACAGCUUCAUACAAGGAUGGAUACAAGUUGGAGUAACUUCAUCUUCCAGCAGGCAGCAGCAGUGACACAGCCUUCCCAGGAUUCCUUGCAGGUGGACCUCCUUCCUGUUCUCAACACAGUUGCAGCUGCACAGGAGUUGCCCCCACCUUCCAUCACCACCACCGUUAACACAGCAGCUUUAAAGCAGACUGAUGUUAUGAACUCUAGCCCUCCACCACCGAACCAGAUGCAGAAAAAGUCAAAGAGCAAAGGGCCGUAUAUCUGCUCACUCUGCGCAAAAGAAUUCAAGAAUGGUUACAACCUUCGGCGGCAUGAGGCAAUCCAUACUGGCAUCAAGCCAACCUCAUCUUCACAUAUGAAGGUUCCUACGAUGGUACCCCUAAGCUUGCUGACUGUCUCUGCCGCUGCUAUCAGCAACACGGCCAGCCCUGUGCAAUUACCUAAUUCAAUCAACACCACAGUCAGUACUGAUGAUGGCCUUGUCACAGCCACGGCAUCUGGGAAGAGGAUACGUAAGAACCAUGCUUGUGAGAUGUGUGGGAAGGCAUUCAGGGACGUCUAUCACCUGAAUCGACACAAGCUGUCCCACUCAGAUGAGAAACCUUAUGAGUGUCCAAUUUGUCAGCAACGAUUCAAGAGAAAAGACCGCAUGAGUUACCAUGUGCGUUCACAUGAAGGUGGUGUUCACAAACCAUAUGUCUGCUCCCACUGCAGUAAAGGAUUUUCACGGCCAGAUCACUUGAACAGCCAUGUUCGUCAGGUCCAUUCUACAGAGAGACCCUUCAAGUGCCAGACAUGCGAAGCAGCCUUUGCUACAAAAGACCGCCUGCGGGCACACAUGGUACGCCAUGAGGAAAAGGUGCCAUGUCAUGUGUGCGGGAAGCUGUUGAGUGCUGCCUACAUCACAGACCACAUGAAGGUGCACAGCCAGGGACCGAACCAUUUAUGUGAUGUCUGCAGCAAAGGUAAUGGCCAAGUUUGUCCUGUAGCAGCUGCGGCUGUCACUCCAGUUGCCGAGGCAGUGAUGCCCGUGGGGGGAGCACCCAUUGUCUCCCAGGCUGCCUUGUCCUCCUCGCCAUGGUGAACAGAAACAAAAUGAACAAACACAAAACAAAUGAAAACAAAGUAUCCCUGCCACCCACACCGGCAUAGCUCAUCACUGAAGGGGUCGAGACCCUCUGAAGAAUGAAGAUGUGUCACCAGCAGUAGAGGAAGACAAAAAAAUUGCCAGGGCUGGCAAUUUGGUCAAGAAAAAGAUCUAUUUAGGAAACAAAGCAAACUUUCAAGCUCAGUAUUCAAAACCUUUUUACCCCUUUGAUUGACUACCAAAUUAUAUGAACAAAUGCAUUGCUCCACCUCAAACUGAAAAAGUUACUGGUACAUUUGUCAGUGAUGUGUGAAGAACAGCAUUUGCUCUGGGUGAUUAAACUGCAGAAGUACUGUAAGUGAGGGUUCAGGAAGUGUUGGCGUCGGGUGUCCCCACUAGAUGACCUGGGGUUAGUAGUUGUAGAACUGUAACCAGCUCUCUGUUAUAUUUGACUGUGUGGGUAAUCUCAGUAGGCUUAAUCCCAGUGCUGACACUCCUGCCCACCAGUUGUGAAUCUGUCACAUUGCACAAGAAAGCCUGUGCUGUACCUGAUCCCCUAGGUAAUGUGAUGUUCAGUCUAGUUCAUCGUAGUGUUUCACAGCAUUAACUGCAGAGUGGCUAGAGGAAAGCCUCCAUUAAACCUUCCCCACACUUACCCAAUACUGUGGAUAAGUAGCGUUACUGUAUGCUGCUGUCUUGCGUCUAGCAUGCAGUAUUGCAGAGUUCUUGGGUAAUUGGAGCGAGGGUGGGUAUAUUCCCCUUGCUGCACAAUGUGCUUCUCCCAUUAGAAAAAAGUCUUAAAAGUGUGUUGUUUCUUGUAGUUCCUUUCACCUCGAGGAACUGUUUCAUAGUAUAUUUGGAGAAAAGUACCCCCCCUCAUAUUGUACUUCAUCCCAUGAAUGAACAGACAGCAUGAGUUUGGUGCUAACACAUGCACGCACACACAGGCACUCAACUUGCUUUUCCAGGUUUGAUAACCAAAACAUGAAAAAGAUGAUAUGUAUUUUAAUUAAUUUAGUAAUUUGCACUCGCAUCAUCUCUCUUUUUUUUUUGGGGGGGGGGGGGGUUAGAAAGUUGUUUGCCCGAGGAAAAUUGUGGCAUCAGAAGAAAUUUCUGCAAAAGGGAUUCUUCACCUAGUUUAAAAAUAUGUUACAGAUUAAAACACAAAUUAGAUUUAUGGUAGAAACACAGUGUUUUUAAUUAUUUUUAAUUAAUUUGUUCAGGAAAUUGUUUAGUAGAGACACUAAAGCAAGAUUCCCCACCAUAGUUUUAGAACUUAUUUACAAUCGUAGGAAAUAAUUAUAGCAGUUGCUAAAAACAUCUGUUUACUAUAAAACAGAGUCAUUUAAACUGUAUAAUCAAUGUAUUUUCAUUGCACACAAAUAAUGUCUAUGUAAAAAAGAUGUUUUGUACUUUCUGGGAUAGACCAAUUUAACUUAUGCAAUCUGGGUCAGAGGACCCUCUGCUUUGCCUCAUAUUCCUCGCAUGUGUCUAAUGUUACCCUUUGAGUAUUGAAAGGCGCUUAGCUGUGCCUUCUGUCUGAGGAUUAUUAACUGUGAAUCCUGAUUGUGUCUUCUUGGGUAAUGAAUUCUGACAUUGUCUUCAGAUAUUUUUUUUCUUUCAUUCCAUCCCAGCAGAUUGCAGUAGUAAUAGUCCUAGUAACAUUUUUUUGUGCAACUCUUUCCUAUAGGCUUAGUUUGCAGGUACUGUAAAUUAGCGGUGGCAGCUAGAAGUAACAGGUCAUGCAUAACACUAUAAAAUGUUUGUUAAAAUAGUCUCCCACAAAAGAAUUUUUUUAGCUUAUUUCUGUUUGCACAUUAGAUGUGUUUGAGAGCCUCACUUUUCACUCUAAGAAGGGGUUUGUACAUUGUGCAUGUGAAUACAGCAAAUUGUUGGGAUUCUAGUUACAAGCCUGCUCUAGAAUUGUGUCCAGGUUUCUCAGAACAUGAGGGAGCCAUCCUUUUGAAGUCUUUGUUUUUAUUGGACUGUUUCUGGAAAUCAUCUGAAACUAGAAUGAGAAGGCAGAACUAGCGGUGUUGAGGUACUUGAGAGCAUAGUGUUGCCUAGGUGUAGCUUGAACAGGGUGUUGGUAAUCUAGUGGUGUAGUGUACGGAUGCGAUGGACUUUGAGAUUCUUGGAAAACAGUGGGACAAAGCAGCAGUUUACACUUCCUUUGGAUCCAUUAGCCAAGCCGCUGCUUCUGACUGUCAUUAUACCUUAACUGUUUCUUUUGGUGCUACAACAUUUGCAAGUUUGCAGUGGUCUGGACUGGUCUUUUGUGGUCAGGGUUUGAAUCCAUCUGAUAUUCCUAGGUGGGUGAAGGGUAUAGUUGUUACUGCCAGCACGCAAGCAGCUAUAAGUGUAAAAUAAUGCGCAACAUAAUAAUAGGCCACAGUUGUUUGACAGAUCCUGCAGGUCUGUGUUUGAAGGCCGCCGUUUCUGCUGGUGUACUGUAGGAUGCUUAAAUCAUUCACAAGAAAUAACGUAGCUUGGUUAAAAUUCAGAUCUUUAUAGCCUAAAACCUUGGUUUGAAUCCCACCAGCUGCCACUUGCAUAAUUUGUGAACCUGAACAAGUCCUUUCUUUUUGCUUUUGAGUCACCCGUAAAAAGAAGAAAUAUGUUGAUGUAGUGAACCAGAUCAGCGCUCCCGGUCUGCCCCAGAGAACAGACAUUUGAACCUUGUAAGGCUUUCAAGAGUAACGAGACCAAAAUAAAAUGAUUGACCACCAACAGCACUGAAAAUUAUUGACUUUAGUGGGUCAGUGGUUGUAAGUCUGAAGCAUUAAGACAAAAAUGUGCUUCUUUUUUUGUUUGCAAAAUUUUUACUGAGUUUUUAAAAACAGUCACCAGAUAUACACAAGUAUGAAGUGCAGCUGAUUAACAUUCAUAAAAAUAUUCACAUAUGCAGUCUCUGAUCUGUCUUCUUUCUUGUCUGUUUCUGUUCUUUGCCUGUAAAUUGUGUCCUGAUUGCAUUGUAGCAUUCCUGGUUAACCCACAGGAGAUGCAUUAGGCUGCAUUUGUCUCUGCUAAUAUCUGAGUGGAAGUCUUCUAUUCUAUUUUUGUUUUUGAAGUGAAACAACUGAUGGGAAGCUGUGUGAACUCAGAGUGAAACAGAAAAGUGAAACAGAAGUAUGGAAGUCAACCCCUGCCCACUAAAGGCGGAGUUUGACUUCUGUACUCAACUUUAGCUUUUCAACCACACACCAUCAUUAACUAAAUAACCCAGCCACAAAAGUAGUAUACAGCACCAAACACUUCACAAUUUGUAGAGCAAGUGAACUACCAUUUUAACAUCUUUUGCCCAAGUGAUGGUGCCUUUGAGGCAAGAACCUACCCAACAUAACACACACACAGUCAUACAGCGUAGCCAGGGCUACAAAUCAAGCACUAAAAAUAUCAGUUAAUCACCUAGAAACAUGAUUAUUUAGGCCAGGGGUUCGCAACGUAGCCACAGAUGGAGCUUCCUUCUGACAUAUAAUAACGAGGUGCAGCCAAGCUUAGCAGCUCUUCUCCAUUCUCACUUAAGCAAGGAGGGUUUACUGGUGCCGAACAUUACAAAGUGUGUUUGUUGAACGGACACCACAUGAGAAGAAACAUGUAGGAUGUGUGAAAAUACUGCGUGUAUUAUAGACACGAAUGUAAUAACUGUGUGUAUUAUAAACCAGAAUCUAGUUAUCAUUUACUAUUUUAAAUUAACUGCUAGCUCACUGAAUAAGCCAUCAUAAUUUUAAACUGCUUAUUAGAGGGGUUUGAUAAUAACUGUGUAUGCAAACACUCUGCGAUUAUUUUCCCCAUAUGAAACAAAGGGUACGUUUUCAAAGUUCUGCUGUAAUACUAAAAGCGACUCUUUUAUAGAGCCUGUCCCUGCUUAUCAAACUUGCAGCCGUUUAAUAAGGACACCAGUACAAUGUUUGUAAAUACACACACAACACACAUUAACUUAACCCCCCCCCCC